GGGGCACUGGGAGGGCUGGAGACGUGCUUUGCAUUGGCAGGCUGAUGAGGACACGUGUCUCCUCCCUGCCUCCCCCCCGGGCUCCUCGGUACCGCAUUGGCAUCAGUAAAGGCACCUGAAAACCGACAAGCAACUCCUGGAGACACCGCCUGAUACCUUAUAACCCGAAAGAAAACGAUAUUAUAGGCCCUACAGACACCCGCGGCUCGCCUGUUUGGUGCAUAAAAGCUUUGCGCACACCGCCGAACUGCCUCAAAUACUGAAAAGUUGCGCUUACACGUCGAGCAUCAGAGCGCAGUGCCAAGAUGCAGAAAAGGAGCAGCGACAUCUGAAGGUGACAUGAACCUGGGGAUAAUCAAGAGCAGGCGUACACUGAAUAAGAAGUGGAGAUAGCAACUGAAAACCUGUGGUGUCUUUGGCUGAAAACUUGCGCUUUUCUCCGUGGCUUUAUCUGAUGCAGAGAGUCAAGAGCUGCAAUCCAAAGUAGCCUCACAAUUUGACCAACUGGAGGAGAAACCCACUAAUUAAGCUGCAGACAGCUGAGAGUCGAAAGAGGAGCGAAAAAUGGCGACGUUAAUCAGAAGCAAGCUUUCUAAUAAACUGUCAAAUGCAGCCACCGCUGUCUCCAACAAAUCCCAGGCGAAGGUGAGCGGCAUGUUCGCCAGGAUGGGGUUCCAGGCCGCCACCGACGAGGAGGCUCUAGGCUUCGCCGCCUGCGAUGACCUGGACUACGACCACCGGCAAGGCAUGCAGAUGGAUAUUUUAACAUCCGAUGAGAUGGGAGGAGAGGGGAGCGGACUGGGAGACGGAGGCGUGAUGGAGGGGGACAGUCACUACCAGAGGGACGGCACCGGUCCGCCGCACUCAGCCUCUAAGGACGGAGAUCCGGCGAACGAAUUGGCUGAAGUCAGACCAAAAAUCACCGCUUGGGAGGCGGGUUGGAACGUCACAAACGCCAUCCAGGGGAUGUUCGUUCUCGGGUUGCCCUACGCCAUCCUGCACGGAGGAUACCUCGGACUCUUUCUCAUUAUUUUCGCCGCCGUGGUGUGCUGCUACACGGGGAAAAUCCUCAUUGCCUGCCUGUAUGAGGAGGACGAAGACGGACAGCUCGUCCGUGUGAGAGACUCCUAUGUGGACAUUGCCAACGCCUGCUGCGCGCCCAGAUUCCCGUCUUUAGGUGGCCAUAUCGUGAAUGUAGCCCAAAUCAUAGAGCUUGUGAUGACUUGCAUCCUGUACGUGGUGGUCAGUGGUAAUCUCAUGUACAACAGCUUCCCCAAUAUGCCGAUUUCGCAGAAGUCGUGGGCCAUCAUCGCCACCGCCGCUCUCCUCCCCUGCGCCUUCCUCAAGAACCUGAAAGCCGUCUCCAAGUUCAGCUUGCUGUGCACGCUGGCCCACUUUGUCAUCAACGUCCUGGUGAUAGCUUAUUGCCUCUCCAGAGCCAGGGACUGGGCCUGGGAUAAGGUCAAGUUUUACAUAGAUGUCAAGAAGUUCCCCAUCUCCAUUGGGAUUAUCGUGUUCAGCUACACCUCGCAGAUCUUCCUGCCGUCCCUGGAGGGGAACAUGCAGAAACCCAGCGAGUUCCACUGCAUGAUGAACUGGACUCACAUAGCUGCCUGCAUCCUCAAGGGUCUGUUCGCCUUGGUGGCUUACUUGACCUGGGCUGAUGAAACCAAGGAGGUCAUCACAGACAACCUGCCCUCCACCAUCCGAGCUGUCGUCAACAUCUUCCUAGUGUCCAAAGCUUUGCUGUCGUACCCGCUGCCGUUUUUCGCUGCCGUCGAGGUUUUAGAGAAAACCUUUUUCCAGGAUGGAGGACGCGCGUUCUUUCCAGAUUGCUACGGAGGCGAUGGACGCCUGAAAUCCUGGGGACUCACACUCCGAUGUAGCCUUGUUGUGUUCACCUUGCUUAUGGCGAUUUAUGUGCCACAUUUCGCCCUCCUCAUGGGUCUCACUGGCAGCCUGACUGGCGCAGGCCUUUGCUUUCUGCUUCCCAGUCUCUUCCACCUCAAGCUUUUAUGGAGAAAGCUUCUAUGGCACCAGGUUUUCUUUGAUGUCGCCAUCUUUGUAAUAGGAGGUAUAUGCAGCAUAUCUGGCUUCAUUCACUCAAUGGAGGGGCUCAUAGAGGCUUUCAAAUAUAACAUAGAAGAUUAGGAACCAGUCACCGCUGGCAAUAGAUGUUUAAUGCAAAUCCCUAUUUAGUGAGAAAAAAAUAAACACACGACUUCCGACAGUCCCUCUGCUUAAUUCAUGCGUAAAAGGCGCGCAGAACACACGCAUCUCCGCACUCAUACAGUCUUGCAUCAAUUCAGAAAAAACAUGCGCGCACACGCACGCACACACAGGCGCGUGCACACAGUGACACGAGACGACGGCAGUAAGGGAAUCUAAUGCAUCCACAACACACUAUAUGGACAGUACAUGUUGUAUAAAUAUGCCAACAAAAGUACACAUAUUUUCCAGUGGAGUGAACGUUUACAAUAUUGACCUUAAACAAAAAUUGCAAAAAGGGCAGUUUGUCUUUUCGUCGCUCUUGUGGUGCUUCCCCACACGAGACUUCACUUCAUGUAACGUGCGAGUUUGUGAUGGACAGGCAUUUGGCGGUGUAACGUGAUUCAACAAUGAUUAAGAUACUCGAAAAUAGAAAAAAAAGAGACAAAAAAAUGCCACUUUCUUCUAUUUGCAAUAUGAUUAUUGGCACUGAAUGUGGUAUGUGGAUAGAUAUCAUGGAAAAAUAAAAACAAGGCAAUAACCAGCAGUUUAUAACCACAUGAAUGCGUUUAGAAAUACGUUAAAUAAUCGGUAAGUUCGUUAGACGUGAGGAAAUUGGACCUUUUCCCCAGGCUGUUAUUAAACACCGGACAUGCUAAAUGUGAGAUAGGCUCCACAGCAGCUAUACAAACUAUGCAUUGAAUGUAUGAUAUUUGAGACACACAAAACAUAAUGAAACUGGGAAGUGGAAAUAAAAAAAAAUCCUCCAAAUUUCAAUAAUUUCUGCGUGAAAGUGUGGAUAUUUUUAAUUUUCACUUUUUCUUUUACUGACAUUUUUAAUUGGCAAUAAUAAAUUUCACCCGUCCCAAAAUACACACUUUGGAAAAACGUCCUAUAGUUAUAUUUUAUCAAACAAGAUGGGGAUCCCAAAUUGAAACCCUGCACUUUCAGUUUAUAGCCAAUUCUUCUUAAUAUUUGCAUUAGAUUUGGAGAAAAUAUGGCCUAUUGUCAAAUCAGUUUAAUAGACUCCUGUCUCAAAAUUCGGUGUCUGAAAUCUAAAAAGAGAUCAUCAAAAGAGGAAAAUGUGCAUACAGACAUUUUUCAUUUUGUGCAAUCCAAUGGGUCCUGUGGAAAUGUUAUAAAACCGUAUGUGUAGUGUGUUAUUGUGGUUUCAAAAAGAUGGAAUGUAUAUCUCAAAGUCGUUAUCAUAUAUCGUGAAAUUAAUAUUAAAGAAUAAAGAAAUAAGUGAAAUUAUAUUGUAAAAACGUGUGUGGUUUUAUGUAAAACGGUCAGAACAUGUAUUUUUCUUUUGUUCUCUAUAAUAAAAGACAGAAAAUGA